UAUUUUCUUGAAACUCAGCAAAGAAAGGAAUGGAAUGGAGAUCAGAAUGAGGGAGACAAAGCUUGACAUCCCAUGUUGUGGUCCAAAGUUCAUGUUAAACGUGUUUGCCUGUGUGGGUUUGGUGGUUUUCGCAGGUUUCACUGCUGGCCUCACCCUCGCCCUAAUGUCUCUUAGCCUCGUCGACCUUGAAGUUCUCAGCAAGUCCGGGCGCCCUAUAGACCGCUCUCAUGCUUCUAAGAUCCUCCCGGUGGUGAAAAGGCAGCACCUUUUGCUCUGCACACUCUUGAUUGCCAACGGGCUGGCAAUGGAGUCUCUUCCCAUAUUCUUGGACAGCCUUCUCCCUUCCUGGGCUGCAAUUCUUGUCUCUAUCACACUGGUUCUCAUGUUUGCAGAGAUUUUGCCUCAUGCCAUAAUUCCUCACUAUGGAUUGAAGGUUGGAGCAGCAGCAGCGCCGCUUGUUCAUCUCCUUCUCUGGAUAUUCUUCCCCGUCGCCUUUCCAAUCAGUAAGGUUUUGGAUUGGAUGUUGGGCAAAGGCCAUGCUGUUCUUCUGCGUCGAGCAGAGCUGAAAACGUUUGUAGAUUUUCACAGCAACGAGGCUGGGAAAGGAGGCGAUUUGACACGAAACGAAACGACAAUUAUUGGUGGAGCACUUGAACUGACUGAGAGAACUGCUAAAGAUGUCAUGACCCCAAUAUCAAACACAUUUUGUCUUGAUCUGGAUGGAAUUCUUGAUUUGGAGACGAUGAGUUCUAUAGUCACAAUGGGGCACAGUAGAGUUCCUGUUUACCACAGAUAUCCUACCAACAUUGUUGGACUGAUUCUGGUGAAGAAUCUCUUGGCAAUCCUCCCAGAAGACUCCAUUGCAGUAAGAAAGAUGAUGGUAGGAAAGAUUCCCAGGGUUUCAGAAGACAUGCCUUUGUAUGAUAUUCUGAAUGAGUUUCAGAAAGGUCACAGUCACAUGGCUGUUGUGUAUAGAGAUCUGAGUGAGUCUAAUAAGCCAGAGAAUUCUCCGAUUCGCGAGUUCCCUGAUGAUCAACAAGUGGUUGGUGUGAUCACAAUGGAAGAUGUAAUUGAGGAGCUUCUUCAGGAGGAGAUACUAGAUGAGACUGAUGAAUAUGUUAACAUUCACAACAGGAUAAAGAUAAACAUAAACACUUCACAGGAGGAGUCUCUUCUGCCUGCAGGAUCUUGUUCUUCAAUGAGGCUGAGAUAGUGUUUUAAUGCACAUGUGAAGGAGAAAGAAGAUUUGAGA